AUGGCCCGCGACAAGGACAACAAACCCGACCUCGACCAACUAAAAUCAAUCGAACAUGAACGAACCGAACCACGCCCCGACUUCUCCAAACCUGUCCCUCGCAAAACCCUCCCCAAAGACCUCCAAGACACUAUGAACGACGAAGAACGCUUCUGGGAUGUCUUGUCCUCGGGCAAAGCAGACGACAGCACAAACUCCCCUGUCCGCUAUGCCGCCUACGCCAACCGCCUGCGCACGAUAAUGCUUUCCGCCCAGCGAUAUGUGGCAUAUACCAGUGACAUUGGCGAGAGUUUCCGCCCGGUAGCGCAUCCGAAUCUGGUGCGAGGAGCCUAUGCGAUUUCCUGGGCAUAUCUGGUUGGGGACGUGAGUUACGAGGGUUACAAAGCCUACACCCGCAACCAAGCCGCACUCCACCCCGUCGCGCCUACGACCCAAGACGUCCCGGGAAGUGCACUAACGGCCCAACCGAACGCCGUAACAGGCCGCGUAGCCCCAAUCGACCACUGGGCAACCGUCAUGGCCCAACGCGCCGUCUUCCAAUCCAUCGCCUCCAUGGGUCUACCAGCCUUUACAAUUCACAGUAUCGUCCGCUACUCAGGCCAAGCGCUGAAGAAUGUGAAGAAUACGCGGAUAAGAACCUGGGGCCCUAUUGGGUUGGGGUUGGCGGCUGUGCCGGCGCUGCCGUUUAUGUUUGAUCAUCCGAUUGAGGUUGCGACGGAGUGGGUGUUUCAUAAGGGGUUUGAGGCGGUGGGGGGGCCGGAGGCGGUGGGACAUAGGAGCGAGAAGGGGACUUUGGAGGUGGGUUUGGGGAAAAGGAAGGAGGGGGUUGUUAAGGAGAAGGAGUUGUGA